AUGGCGAGCGAUAAACCGUAUAAGCCUGCGCUCAUCAUUGUCGACUUCCAAGAAGACUUCUGCCCGCCACACCCAAACGACCCGUCCCAGAGUUACACCACAACGUUAUGGCCAACGCACUGCGUUCAAGGCACACCGGGCUGUGAGCUGGUCCCAGAGUUAGACGUCUCGCGAGUUCACGCUGUUAUCGAAAAGGGUCAGGAUGAGCGCGUGGAGAUGUACAGUGCGUUUUAUGAUCCGUUUAGGGUGAGUGAUAGUGGACUCGCAGGCAUGUUGAGUGAGCAGGGCGUAACGGAUGUUUUUGUGGUUGGGUUGGCAGCGGACUUUUGCGUUAAAGCUACGGCGGAGGAUGCGCUGCAGGAAGGUUAUACGACGUGGAUUGUCAACGAAGGGACAAAGCCAGUCAUGCCUGACAAGUGGGAGGAGUGCAAGAGAGGCAUGGAGGACAAGGGCAUCAAGUUCACGCCCAUUGAUGGAGAUGCAGUGGCAAAAGUAGAGACAUAUGGCAUGAUUUAA